AUGACGCCUAAAGUCACCUCUUCAGCCCACUCAGUUCCUUACAAAGGAAAAUAAGCUGUCUGAGCAAGAGUGGCAUGGGUGUGUGAGCAAAAGCAGCCUCUCCGAUUGGCUGCAGGCUUCCUGGCAGGGACCACUUCUGAGAAACCUCUAGUGACCCCAACUCUUGGCCUUGUGUUACCUGGUACGAUGUGGGGCCAGUGGCGUUCCAUGUGUUUGGGACAGAAAUAACUCCUCCAGUCACUCAUCACGAGCCCGACCAGUGGAGGCUCUCGCGGGGAGCGGAUACCGCGGACCGUCCGAUCAGGCAGGCGCCGUGCCUGCAGCCCUGGGGGGGGCGCCCGCUGGCUGAGCCAAACCCCAGACUUGGAAUUUAAAAGAAGUGAAAGAAGACGCACCUCUGGACUCCUGAAAGGGUUAUUCCCUCUGGGGCUGGCUGUAAAAAGGCUAUUGGCUGUUACUUGGCGCGGCCAAAGUUCAGCCCGAAUGUCUUCUCUUUCCAUUCCGCGCGUUUGUUAUUUUGGCUGAAAGGAAGUCGGCAGCGCUCGGCUCUUGCAGACCAAAGAUGGAGCAACAGAAUCCGAGCAAGAAGGAAGGGAGGCUGACACUCGUACUUGUACUGGCGACGCUGAUAGCCGCCUUCGGGUCAUCCUUCCAGUAUGGGUACAACGUGUCCGCCGUUAACUCCCCUGCCGAGCUCAUGAAAGCAUUUUAUAACGAGACCUACUAUGAACGCAACAAUCACUACAUCAAAGAGUUUUCCUUGACAUUGCUGUGGUCUGUUACCGUGUCCAUGUUCCCCUUCGGAGGCUUCAUUGGAUCCCUCUUGGUCGGCCCCUUGGUGAAUAAAUUUGGCAGGAAAGGAACUUUGCUGUUCAACAACAUCUUCUCCAUUGUACCCGCCAUCCUGAUGGGGUGCAGCGAGGUCGCCCGGUCGUUUGAGAUGAUCAUUGUGUCCAGACUUUUGGUGGGCAUCUGUGCAGGCCUGUCUUCCAAUGUUGUCCCCAUGUACCUGGGGGAGCUGGCCCCCAAGAACCUGAGGGGGGCCCUCGGGGUGGUCCCUCAGGUCUUCAUCACCGUCGGCAUCCUCGUGGCUCAGAUUUUCGGCCUUCGGAGCCUCCUCGCAAACAAAGAAGGCUGGCCCGUCCUCCUCGGGCUGACCGGGAUCCCGGCGGCUCUGCAGCUGCUCUUCUUGCCCUUCUUCCCCGAGAGCCCCCGGUACCUGCUGAUUCAAAAGAAAGACGAAGCAGCUGCCAGAAAUGCGCUGAAGAGGCUGCGCGGCUGGGACGACGUGGACGCGGAGAUGGAGGAGAUCCGGCAGGAGGACGAGGCGGAGAGGGCCGCUGGCUUCGUCUCCGUGCUGAAGCUGUUCAGCAUGAGGUCCCUGCGGUGGCAGGUCAUCUCCAUCAUCGUCCUCAUGGGUGGCCAGCAGCUGUCGGGAGUGAACGCGAUCUACUACUAUGCAGACCAGAUCUACCUGAGCGCGGGGGUGAACGAUCACGACGUCCAGUAUGUGACAGCGGGCACCGGGGCUGUCAAUGUGCUGAUGACCGUCUGUGCCGUGUUCGUGGUGGAGCUCUUGGGCCGGAGGGUCCUGCUGCUCCUGGGUUUCUCCGUCUGCUUCACGGCCUGCUGCGUGCUGACGGCCGCGCUGGCCCUGCAGGACACAAUAUCCUGGAUGCCUUACGUCAGCAUCACCUGCGUCAUCGCCUACGUCAUAGGACACGCCCUUGGGCCCAGUCCCAUCCCCGCGCUGCUCAUCACCGAGAUCUUCCUGCAGUCCUCCCGGCCGUCUGCCUUCAUGGUGGGGGGAAGCGUCCACUGGCUGUCCAACUUUACCGUGGGCUUGAUCUUCCCGUUCAUCCAAGCGGGCCUCGGGCCGUACAGCUUCGUCAUUUUUGCUGUGAUUUGUCUCCUCACCACCGUCUACAUCUUCCUGGUUGUCCCCGAGACCAAGGCCAAGACAUUCGUGGAGAUCAAUCAGAUUUUCACCAAGAUGAAUAAGGUGUCAGAGGUGCACCCGGAGAAGGAGGAACUGAAGGACUUUCCACUGUCUGCUUCGGGGCAGUAACUCGAGAAGGGGAGCCUGCGAAGUGGGUCUGCACGGAGCUUCCCUCCUGGGCUUUCUUCCUGACUGACAGGUGUCUGGACACAUCCGAAACUAGGACCAGCCCGGGGUGGAGCGCAGGCCCUGCUAGGACUGUCCACGGGCUUCUGUGCUGUCUCUCUCCAGACUGACCCACCUCCCACCCUGCCUCGCAGUGCACAGGCGCCCCUCUCCGUGCGGGUUCGCCGUUGGGUGGCUCCUGUAACACCAGCUCUUACGACAAAUAUGACUAUGGUGGCCGGAUGGAAGGAACCCCAUCUGGCCAGAGAAAUGAACUCUUCCGCAAUCCCACGGGUCUGCUCCGGACCGGAGGCGUUCCUCCUCUUGCGAGAUCCAUCUCCGGAAAUACCAGCCCUGGAAAGUGUGAUGUCCCAAGUAAUGAUGUCUAAGAGGCUGGAGCAGGUCCCUGUGGAGACGUUAACGGAGUCAGAGAUUAUUAAUCGUGAAUUGUAUUGCUGGAGGACAAUGGCGUUGCCUCUGUAUGCUCAAUAAAACACGUAUGAUCCCGUCCC